AUGUGUCAAACGACAGGAAGGCUGCUGCUCCCUCUUGCCGCUGUCUCGAUGAUGUCGUUGCUCAGCUGCACCAGAGCAUUCGUGGUCCGAACUCGACCAGUUUGCGCGGCUUUGGCCGGUCGACGUACGUCAACCAGCAGCCGGCAUCCACCUCGCAGAGCUAGGAGCUCACUAAGGAUGGAGCUAGCUGUGGAUAGCACAGCAGUCGCAAAGGUGGCAGAGAAGACACCGGCCAAUAAGCUGCUGUACGCGCCGCCCAAGUUCACGCCGACACCUUACGAGUAUCUGGAAGAGCUAACAGUCCGGAUUGAGGGCCUGACCAACUUGGGAGAGGGCAUCGCGAGGGAGGGUGAAACGGGCUGGGUGGUGAUGGUUCCUCACGUCAUCCCGGGGGAGCUGGUGAAGUGCAAGGUCUUCCGGAAUCACGCCAACUACUCGGAGGCCACCUUGGUGGGCAACGUCAUCUGCCCUUGGGCAUCACACAAAACACACCCUCCGUGUGCGGGGAAAACACCCCGCAUGGAGACCUCCAACAACAUGAACGUGCGGGAAGAAGAGCAGACUGCCGCCGCAAGUACCUCCGCAGCUGCUUCGACCGCAGCAGCACAGGCGUCGCAGAUCACCUCGUUCUUUGAAACCAAGCAACCUUCCUCUACGCAAGCGCCUCUUGCUUCGGGCGCCAACAUGACAGCCACCGCCUCGCCUCACCAGCAGCCAGUUGCUGACUCGCUCUCAGCUGCACGUACGAGUACCGCAGAGGAGUCAACACGCGCCACCAGCCAAGCCUCUCAGCUGGUGGUGGAGGACGUGGCGGAGGACCAGGAGCCAAGCACUUCAUUCGGCACGGAAGAACGAUCCAAGGCGGGCUCCACGCCCGGAGCGCCGCCAUCAGGAGCAGCACCGGCGCCAGCUCCAGCAUCGGCGCCAGCUCCAGCACCGGCACCAGCUCCAGGAUCAGGAAGCGCAGGAGCAGCGGCAGCAGCAACACCAGCAGCGGCAGCAGCAAUACCCACACCAGCACCAGCGUCAGGAGCUCCGGUGGCCAACGAUGGCAAAUCCGGCAACAUGAUGUUUCCCGGUGAGACAGAGUGGGGAGAUGGGCUCGGCGGCGUUCUCUUCAGUACGCCGGCACAGAACAAGGGCAAGAGGAAGAAAGGGCGGCUGGAGCUGGAGCCGCCGGACUUCCCGAUUCCCGACCAUGGUGGUGGAACCCAAAGGAAGCGCUACACCUUGCAGUUCAAGGUGAAUGCCGUGAGGUACUCGCAGAGAAAGCUCAAGGGGGCGCAAGGACCGGGCGGGACUGUUGGCGUAACAUACGCCAGCAGGAUCCUCAAGAUUCCCGACAAGGCCACGUUGGCGGCGUGGGUCAAAGACGUCGACAAGUACGAAGCCGCGCUUGCGGAGGAGACCAAGUACUCGCGAGUGAAGGGCAGGAAGAAAGCCAAGCACCGCAUGUCGCUGAACGUCGGACGGACUAGGACGCACACGGACGCCGAACGCGAGGUCGUGGACUGGAUCAAUGAUCUGCGUUCUGACGGCAUCUCCGCCCGUGUCUCGACGAGGAUGAUCAAGAACAAGGCCACGGAACUCAACCCGAACUUCUUCGGGGAGAGGCCGCCGCCGUCCGACAUCGAGGGCAACCUGCGGUACACCCGCAAGAAGACCGCGUGGUGCAGAAGGUUUCUCAGGGUCUACCGCUUUUCUGUGCGAGCCGUCACCCGUCAAGGCCAGAAACUUCCUACCGGCUGGCCCGUGAUCGCCAUGCAGGCGAUCAAGGAGUGGAGGAGGCUGAAGUACGACGUCCCUUCCGCGCUCGAGCUUGCGGACGGAGUCGAAUGCCUGGGGGCAGUGGCGGGAGGCAGCGCGAGCGGCAGCGGGGGUGGGAGUGGCGCUGGAGUUCCGUCGGGGCCGAGUCCCAAGUUCGCCUUGGCGCAGAUCGCCAACAUGGAUGAGACUCCUACGUGGAUGGAGAACCCGGGGAACAACACUGUGAACCGCACCGGCGACAAGGAGGUUGGCGUCAAAACCGGCGGCAAGGAGAAGAUGCGCAUCACUUCGGUCCUGACGGUGUUCGCCGACGGCAGCAAGCUGCCGCCCCUCGUCAUCUUCAAGGGCCAGCCCACGCCGAAGGGGAAGGCCCCUGCCGCCAACAGCAUCGAGCGCGAGUUCAAGGACUACAAGGACAAGAAGGGCUACGCAUACCCUCGAGGUGUCGUCUACGCCGUGGACCCGAAGGCAUGGCACUCCCAGCGGGUGUUCAACGAGGUCUGGCUGCCUCAGGUGUGGAACCAGCGCCCGGGGCGGCAGGGUCGCCUGGGCGGCUACCGUCAGCCUGACACGCUGCUGGCGUGGGACGACUACACCGUCCACAAGACGGACGCGUCUACCAAGGCGAUGGCGGAGUCCAACACGACGCUGUUUCUCAUCCCGGGAGGCCUGACUCCCAAGCUCCAGCCGUGCGAUGGCCUCGUCAACAAGAUCUUCAAGGCAAACAUGUCCAGGCUCUACGACGACCACAUGGCUUCCCCUCACGUCAAACGCGGCGACCACGGCUACCCGGAGGCCCCUUCGCGGGGGUUAGUCGCACAGUGGGUCAAGAAGUCGUGGGACGCCUUGACCGCGGAUGAAGUCCGCGCGAGCUGGAGGAAGGCUGGCCUGCUGCUUCCCUUCGACGGGUCGGAAGACGAGGCCUGGGCCAACAAGGAGCUCAACUCCAACGCCCAGGGGGAGCCCCUCGACGCGCCAUCGGCCGGUGCGGACAAGGCUGACUCGUCGUCGGGAGGCGGCAACUUGCUGGAGGUGUUGGAGAUCGACGAUGACGACGACACGGGCGUGGUGGUGGUGGACAUCAGCGACGACGAGGGCGAGGAGCCGUGAGGCAUCGGCGGCGAUGCUGGUGUUGAGAAAUGGCUUGUGGUGUCCUUCUCAUGUUCCCUCGCAUUUCUCCUGGCGUGCGGUUCUCUUCCUUCGUCGUGUGUUUUCUUCGACGCGUCGAGUGCAACGUAGUGUUGUUUGCGGUUGUGGUUAGUGGUCUUGUUUUUUUUUGGUCGUGGUGACGUAGCAAGGUAGGUAGCAGCGGCCUACUAGGUACUUGUUUGUGAGGGGGUAGGACGGAAUGGCCACUCUGUGGCGACCGCCUGGCAAUAUAUCGGGCGAGGUACCUUUGAUUUUUGUGUUUUUAGUUUUUGAUCCUGCAAUCAUGAUAGAAACACGGAUGCUGCUUGGUAGAUGGACCCGUUAUCAUUUUUGGUUCUUGUCCCCGCCGUCCCUGGGUCAUAACGUAUACCUAGCUCCCAGGCGGCACCUUACUUGCCGCAGCGCCGCGGGGCGCGGGCGCCCUCGAUCCUAACAUUUUUUUUCCCUUAAUUUCUGCUCCAUUCAAGUCCGUUAUUGUUUGAAACUUUCUUUGGCGUUGAGCGGGUAACACAUCAUCGAGCUCAUGUGCUCAAGCGUUUCGUCCCCUC